CCGGGGACCGCCCAGCGUUGCGGAGAUCCGAAGCCACAGGUUGGAAUCGCAGGAGCGGUGCCCAGCCCGGUCCCUGGGAAGCCGAGCUCCGGUGCGCAGGGGCCGCCCGGAGUCCCUGGGCUUGGGAAGGCAGGGAAGGCAGGAAGGAAAGGGAAAGAAACGUCGCUGAAAUCCGACACCAGCUUUCUGGCCAGGGAACCCCGCAGGCUGGCCACCCAAGACCACCACUAUGACCGAUGGAGACUAUGAUUAUCUGAUCAAACUCCUGGCUCUUGGAGAUUCAGGGGUGGGAAAGACAACAUUUCUUUAUAGAUACACGGAUAAUAAAUUCAAUCCCAAAUUCAUCACUACAGUAGGAAUAGAUUUCCGGGAAAAACGUGUGGUUUACAAUACCCAAGGACCAAAUGGAUCUUCGGGGAAAGCAUUCAAGGUACAUCUUCAGCUUUGGGAUACAGCAGGACAAGAGCGGUUCCGGAGCCUCACUACCGCAUUCUUCAGAGAUGCCAUGGGCUUCUUAUUAAUGUUUGACCUCACCAAUCAGCAGAGCUUCUUAAAUGUCAGAAACUGGAUGAGCCAACUGCAAGCCAACGCUUACUGUGAAAAUCCAGAUAUAGUAUUAAUUGGCAACAAGGCAGACCUGCCAGACCAGAGGGAAGUCAAUGAGCGGCAAGCACGGGAACUGGCUGAGAAAUAUGGCAUACCCUAUUUUGAAACAAGUGCAGCGACUGGACAGAAUGUAGAGAAGUCAGUGGAAAAUCUCCUGGAUUUAAUAAUGAAGCGGAUGGAACAGUGUGUGGAGAAGACACAAGUCCCAGACGCUGUCAAUGGUGGAAAUUCUGGAAAGCUGGAUGGAGAAAAGACAGUGGAAAGGAAAUGUGCCUGCUAAGCUACUUAGGGACUGAUAACUGAGAACCUUUCCCAGGUAUUACUGCCCCAAACAAUGGCAGCGCACAAAAUCGUUGAGUAGACCAUGCAUAAGGGUAGGUCUUUCUUUUUCCUGCCAGAUCAUGUAUUCUAAGAAACCAGAAUAGUCAAACAAAUUGAUCAGCUCUUCUGAAUCCCUUCCAAACCAAAAACUCAACAAUUUCUCAAGGUGAUGCUCAGGUUUUGGUUUUUAUUUUUUUUUUAAUAAAGAAUCUGAGUUUAUAUGAAAGCAUACAGGAAGAAAUGUCAGUGAGUUUAUAUGGGCCACAAAGGGGAGAACACAGAAUUUUUUUUUAAUUGGGCUUAACUUACCCAGAGUAUGAUUCACUGGGGAAAACAUGUUAGUUAAAAGUAGAUACAAAAUAAAGAAAUCCACAUGGUCCAUUAAGAAUAACAUUACUGUGCCCACACAGUAAACUGUAGUGGAAUGAUUAAGUUGCUGAUAAGGUUAUAAGUGGCUGAAUGUCAGACUUCUACUAAGAUGUAGGAAAUUGUGUAAUGAUGCUAUUUUUAUAUUUUUAAUAAAUGGCACAGUGGUAGGCACAGGACUGGAAUAACCAAGUUUGAGAGAAAUGGCCCGGAAGGAAAAUAAAAUAAAGGAAUAUGGCAUUUGGAUAGUUUAUAGCUGUCUGGGAGAGUUACUUGGCCAAAUUUCACUCCGGCCAAUUAAAAGCUGACAUUGGGAUUAAGAGAAUUUCCAUUACUAAGAGGUUUUCCAUUUUAAACAAAAUUUAGGGAUUGAUUUGGAGGCACUCAGAUUCACGUCUUGUUUUUCCUUAGCAAAUGUUGAAUAGUCACAAGGAAAAAUAAACCAUCACUGUUUCUUAAAUGUCUCUUUAAAAGAUAAUCAAGAAAAUUUAUACAGACUUGAUUUUUUUUAAGGUUAAACUUCCUGGUGACCUGAAACAAAAAGUGACUGGUAGUUAUGGGUUUUCUUUUAUUUUGUGAAAGUAAUGUUUAAAUCAUAUUUUCCUCCAACUCACACUCACUUAUAGCUUUUGAGCCAUUUAUAGAAAUGCAGAUGCAUCACUUUGCAAACCAACAACUUCAGGAUAAUGAGAAAUGAAUUUUGUGGUCACUGUGAAUCUUAAUGUCAUUAAAAUUGGUAAUACUCCAUGUCUUAUUAUAACAUUUUUAUUUUGACAAAGGGAAAUGCCUACAGUUGAGCUAUAUUUGAAUGUAGAGCAGAGAUAGAGCUUUAUUUUAUCUCACCAAACGUGAUCAGUUUAUUUUUUUUUCACAAAACGCUGCCUUCCUUUUUCUUUCUAAAAAUGAUCAUGAAAAUAACUUCAGUUGUCUAUUGUUAUCACUGUGACAACUGCCAUUUCAUUAAUGUUUUUAUUCUUGGUUUUUGAGACACACAAGCCAUUCAUCUCAAAACACCAUUUUAUUUUAUUUUUACCAGUCCUGGGGCUCG